UUUCUUCGAGUUCACGGGUCGUGUGAUUGCCUUGGCGUUGAUGCACAAAGUUCAAGUGGGUGUGCUGUUCGAUCGUGUAUUCUUCUUACAAUUGGCCGGAAUGAAAAUUUCUCUGGAAGAUAUUAAGGACACGGAUCGAAUCAUCUACAAUAGCUGCAAACAGGUGUUAGAAAUGGAUCCAGAGUAUUUCGAUGCAAACGCUGGUCUUGGUCUAACAUUCGUGUUGGAAACCGAGGAGCUGGGAAAGAGGGAUUUAAUAGAGCUAUGUGUAGGCGGGAAAUCCCUGGCUGUUAACAGCAAGAACAGGAAACUAUACGUCGAUCUCCUCAUCGAGCGUCGAUUUGCAACACCAAUCGUUGAGCAAGUAAAACAAUUUUCCAGGGGUUUCAAUCAUAUGCUUUCGGAUUCUGCACCGCCCAGAUCCUUUUUCAAGAGGUUAUACCUAGAGGAUCUCGAUGGAAUGCUUCGAGGAGGAGAAAACGCGAUAAGCAUAGAUGAUUGGAAAGCUCAUACAGAGUACAACGGAUUCAAAGAGACUGAUCGCCAAAUA